UUACUUAUGAAGUGUUUGAUUGUCAGAUGCUAAUGGUCAAGGAUAAUGUUGUUGUAUGGCUGAAUUAUUGUAUUUUAAAGAAAAGCACUGGUUCGUGAGACAAAUGUUGCAGAUAUUGGAAUGCUGAGGUGGAUGGAUGAGCAAACAAUGAAGGAUACUGUUAAAAACCCAUAUACUGGAUGUAGCUUAAACCCAUAUACAAUGAAGGGUCAUUAUUGAAGUUGGCAUUUUAUUUUUUUUGUGACAUAGGUGAGAUGCCUACAUGGUUAAUGGACGGAAAAAGGUACAGUAUAUGCUUGUAGCCUGUUGUUAGCUUUCCAUGAUUCUUGGCUUACCAUUUGUUAGUGUUUUUUUUUUUGUGUGAUGUAAUUAUUCAUCUUCCUCAUUUUGCCGCUUGUGAUAUUACACUUGCUCUGUAAGUAUCAUUCAUGACAAGAAAUUGCAUUUAUGACACAGAAAGAUGCUGAAGCAGAGCUGUUAUUAAGAUUUCCCUAUGGAGGAGUUAUGCUGAGGCCAGGUUUUAUACAUGGGACUCGCCAAGUUGGGAGUAUGAAGAUACCUCUAGGUGUUAUUGGUUCACCACUAGAGAUGGUUCUGCAGCAUGUGAAGCCACUCAGUGGAAUUCCGCUGGUGGGUCCUCUUUUCACUCCUCCAGUGAAUGUCACCUCUGUCGCAAAGGUUGCUGUGAGAGCUGCAACAGAUCCAGUGUUUCCUCCCGGCAUUGUUGAUGUGUAUGGUAUAUUUGGCUACAGCGAGCAACAGUGACCUCUCCCUUGCAGGAGAAAUCAACACUACCAACUCAAGGUUCAAAUUUACUCUUGUCCUUCCCACACAGGGCAGAGUGGAUGAUAAUUGUUCUGUUCAUCAGAUUCUGGCCAGGCAAUAAGAAUGCAUGAAUUUAUACAGAGCUCAACUCUUUGUCCAUUUUGGUGUAAAAAUAGCUUUUGACUAUAAGGUUUGGUUAUUAAAUUGGCUUCCACACCUUUGCUCA